AUGGACACCCAAGCCUCGCAGAUACACCCCGAGGUACGCGGCUGGAAGGAGAUUCUCCCAGUGAAAAUAUACCACGAAGUGUACCCCACGAUUGACCCUACUCCGGCAUGGAAUGCACGUUCCUUUCAAGGCAAAUCUGUAUUCGUCACGGGCGCAAGUCGUGGUAUCGGCCGUUCUACCGCCAUCACAUUCGCGAAGGCCGGAGCGGCGGUAGCCAUCGCCGCGCGCUCACAGGAAGGACUCCAGGAGACAAAAGCGCUGCUUUUGCAGGAGGUGCCAGAGGGGAGAGUCGUCACCUAUACCGUUGAUGUGACGAAGACGUCAGAUAUGGAAGAAGCUAUGAAUGGCGCCGUGGCGACAUUUGGAGGUCUAGACGUCGUCAUUGCGAAUGCUGGGUAUAGCAACUCCAUGGAUACUCUGAUGGACCAACGAGAAGCAGACGACUGGUGGCGCACUUUCGAGGUCAACUUGUUCGGUGUAUACAACGCUUGGCGAUCCGCCGCCAAACAUCUGAGGCAAACGAAAGGAUACUUCAUUGCCAUCUCCUCAAUCGUCGCACAAGUACGUUGGCCAGGAUCUAGUGACUAUCAGACGUCGAAACAUGCUGUCAAUAGGCUCGUCGAGUUCAUCGCACAAGAGAAUGCAGACAUCAAAACAUUCUCUUUACAUCCCGGCGGUGUUGUCACAGAGUUGGCGGCUGCUACUAAGCUCAUCGAACAGGGCGCACCCUUUCCGGAUCCGCCAGAGCUAGCAGCAUCAACGAUGCUAUACCUCUGCUCAGGUCGGGCCGACUGGCUGAACGGGCGGUACGUCGACGCAAACUGGGACUUGGAACAGGUCGAGAGGGAAUGGAAGGAGAAAAUAUUGAAGAACGACUUGUUGGUCAAUAAACUGGAUGUAGUAGGCUUCUGA